CUAUUACAGUGUUUGAAUUGGCAUAAUCCAUGAGUUGACCCAGAUUUCUUUAAGCAGCCGCUGCCGAACGAUACCAUGGAGCUGGAGUCGUCAUAUCCUCCCCUGUUUCGCCGGCUGAGAGACUCGGCCCCAGCCAUCGACCCGGACAACGGCUCCCCGACGGCGAACCCGAUCCCUGAGCCGCACCCGAUCCCGCUCAUAGAUCUCCAGCGCUUGGACGUCGAACCUGAGCGACUCGGGGAGGCCUGUCGAGAGUUGGGGAUAUUUCGGGUGGUCAACCACGGGGUCCCUCUCGACCUGUUGACCCGACUCAGGAGCCAUGCGAGGAGGCUCUUCUCGCUCCCCUUCGAGUCCAAGCAGGCCUCCUUCACGACCCCGCUGUCCUAUUUUUGGGCCACUCCGGUCCUCACGCCGUCCGGGUCGGCCGUCUCGCGAGGCUCUCAGAGCGUGAACUGGGUGGAGGGUUUGCAGGUGCCGGUCGGUCAACUCUCGCUGUUGGGAGACGGUGACGGCGACGAUGACGAUGGUGAUGACGAUGUAGUGACUGUGCUUGCUGGUUUGAGGAGUCUGCUCCAAGAGUAUGGAGUUCACUUAGCAAGAAUCGCUAAGCUCUUAUUUCAAGCAAUGGCCGACGACUUGAGACUUGAUCCGACACACUCGAAGAGUUACCUAUCUGAGUCAACGGGAUUUAUACGCUUGUAUCGUUACCUGCAUUGCUCAAAAGCCGAUGGCGACAUGUCCGGUAUGGAAGCUCACAGCGAUAGUUCGGUGCUCACCAUCUUGUGUGAGGAUGAUGUGGGCGGGCUCGAGUUCUACAAGGAUGAGCAAUGGAUACGAGUACAAUCUGCCCCGGACACUCUGAUCGUGAACGUAGGGGAUAUGUUGCAGGUUAUGAGCGACGACAAGUACAUAAGUGUGAAGCACAGAGUGAAGGUAAAGAAACCAGAGGAUCGAAUCUCGCUUUGCUACUUUGUGUUCCCAGGCCAGGACAGCGUGAUCCGAAGCGUAAAGUACAGGCCGUUCACGUACGCCGACUUCCAGGCCCAAGUGCAGCGAGAUGUCAAGACCCUCGGGUUCAAAGUCGGGCUCCCUCGAUUCAAGCUUGAUUAAAGCCCGGCAGUACUAAUGAAUUGUUCAUGUCUUCCCCUUGCUUGUGUAACGAACAGUUUUCAAAACUCGAUCCAAGUAGAAAUUCAAUGUCCAAGUGGAACUCGUGGUUUGACGUCUAAACACGUCAUUGAGUCGGCAAAUCACAUAAGAACACUUGAAAGCGGAAUUCUUACUGGGUCA